UUUCAAUAGAAAUCCAUGUUAAGCUAACAAUAACAAGUACUUAGCCCAUGUGCGAGUUUUUAUCACAAACAAGGUCAGAAGAUUUUUUGGUAUAAAUGCUACAACUUUCAAUAUGAUUUCAUAUUCAGUUUGAAAAAACUAAUAACAAAAAUGUUUGUCCCUAAGAUGCUCUUGGUCUUGGGCUUUGCCCUUUUAGCCUCAGCUGGAAAAGACCUUGAUUAUGGCAUGGAAGUUUUGAGAUGCGCCAACAAAGCAAUGAGACCAGGAGUACCUGAAUUGGGAGUUCCACAACAUGAUCCCUUCGUCGCCUUUAGUAAGAACAUAUCAUGGCAUGGAGACAUCGGUGUUGCUAGCACCUCAAUCGACAUCGACACAUUGAGAUGGUAUGGUCUUGCCGACUGGAACGUUACUGCUAAGCAAAUCAAUGAUGACGCUGAUAAUGUAGCGGUCUUUGACUGGGUCAAUAGAUGGCCCGUUUUCACAAUCUCCGGCAACUACCGAGCAACCGUUAAAGAACUGUUCCUUACACAGCAUUACAAAGGAAGCUUCAAAAUGGUCAUGGAGAAACCAGUAUGGACUGGAAAAAUAAGCGCAAAUAAAAUCCAACCCAACGCCACCGUGAAUGACUUCACUGUUAAAUGGCACGUUGAUGAUGUAGAUGUGGAUAUUAGUGGAUUGGGACUCAUUGGAGAUGCUACAGCUGUAGCCAUUCAAACAGGUGUUAAAACUGCCCUCAACACUGGACUCAUCGGAAAUGUCGUUGGAGAUUUCCUUAAAAUGAGAUUCAACACUGUGUGGUACCCCACUGGCAAACUCUGGGAUCUUAUGGCCUGGUGCAAAUCAUAAGACCAACAACAGAAUAAUUUUUUUCGAUUUUUUCGAAUCAAAUAAUUAACUAAUAUAGAUUUCUUGUCUAAAUUUGUAAAGAUAGAAUAUAAUAAAAUCGAAAUAAUUAUUUAACAA